GUCUGGUUAUACGCGUACAGAACAGGAGUGAAAUUCUGCAACGCCUCUGCUUGUCACAACCCAGACAGUGUAUAUUGGAAGGAUAUAUCAACUCUUUCGAGGAAGACAUGGACGACCCUUUUGAACAGGUUUUGGCAAAGAGAGAUCCGUGGAAUUCGAUGGUGAUGGGUGAUGGACCUUCAACUUCUUUUGCAAGGAGAGGUUCCGACGAGGGUAGUAGCCUGAGACACAGUAGCCCCAGGCGUAGUAGCCCGAGACGUGGAAACCCUUUGAACUGCUGGGAGGGAUACCGGUCACCUCCAGCGUCAUCUGCCUCGAAAUGGGGGAAAAGUAACAAUGCGUGGCAGGUCAGUGAUGACCAUUUCUCUGAAAGGCCUCAAGGAAGAGGGAGGGGCAUGAGUUACAGGAGAGGUGCUCGACGGCAGUACUCAUUUUCUCAUCGGGGAUCCGGAGAAGGUCAGAGAUGGAGUGUCAGCCCCUACUUACUGGUAGAUUGCCUUAAUGAAUACCCCAAUUUUCGUGGAAGCCUUCUUAAACUUAUGGAGGAGAAGCAGCUGCCACCUAAGAAUGUUAGGGAGACUACUCUAUCUUAUUCACAAGUUUUUUCCCUUGAGGGAGAAGAGGUAGUGCUCCGACCCAGGGUUGGUGUCUGCGCCACACACUCAGGGCCUAAUGGAUGCGAAAACCGGUCAACAUGCAACGACCUUCAUAUUUGCCCUAAUUAUUUAUUGAGCUGGUGCAAGGACAAGAACUGUGUCUUGGGGCACAAGUGGCAGACGGAUCACAACAGGCACAUUCUCCAACAAUAUUAUAUUGAUCGCUUGCCUUUUAGUAAUCUUCGUAUCUUAUUUCAAGCACUGACUAAAGCCAAAGGACCAGUUGGCCAGCUGGACAUCUGUCAUGAAUAUAACAAAGGCCGGUGUAAUAAUAAAAGUUGUGGAGCUCUUCAUGUUUGUCACAGUUUCAUCACAGGUCUUGCUCGGUGUUCUGUGAAUGGCUGCCAGCUGAACCACGAUCUUCAGAACCCAGAGUGCUCCCAUCUGCUUACUGCUCAUGGAUUCUCCAUAAAUGAAACUCCACGUGACAUAACUGGAUCUCUCCUUGCUGCGUAUCCAUUUCUAGCAAAAGAAAAUAAAUCAGUUGGUGUAGGAAAGUCAAAUUCUGAUUCAGCAAAAGGGAACAUCACUACCAAUAGUCAAAAGACCACACAUGCAACAAAUGGAAGCACCACUGCCAACAGUCAAAAAGCAAUUUCUUCCAACAGAGUGGAUAUGGCUAAACCAAAAAGCAGUGAAGACAAUAUUAGUAACCGUGAUCGUAGCAGUGGUACAUCUAAUGACCCAAGCCCGAGGGCUGUGAAACCAAAAACAUCAAAUCAGGUACCCAAGGCUGCAAGUAUAAAUACCAAGAAGACAACUGUAUGGACACAUCAUUUGUAUGGCAAUACAGAAAUAAAUGAGCUGUGCUUCUACUCAGUUGAGAGUGUGUGCCGCUAUGAAAGUAGUGGAUGUAAACGUCUCCAUUCUGUAUAUCACUUCCACUGGCAAGUAAGUGAAGAUGGUAUUAAGUGGCUAAACCUACAACGCUCCCAAGUGAAACAGCUAGAAGUAUCAUAUUGUAAUCCUGAUGAAAUUAGUGUGGUUCUUCCCCGACUAGACCCUGCAGACCUUGACACAUCGACCAAGUAUCUCCUGACAGUAAUGGGACGAGACAGUUGGAAGGCAAAUUUUCAGUCUAUGAGUAUCACUAAUUCUACACAGUCCAGGUUACUUCACUUGCGAAGGUUAUGUACAGAGAGGAUUGAUGGUCACGUUAUAGAUGAGAAUAUUUAUAUCUGGUACUUCCUGGAUAAGAACAAAAAGUGGGUUAUGUAUGGAAAUGUUGACACUGCAGGAGAGAAGUCCCUUGUCAGCAGUAUCACAUCAGAUGACAUAGAAAAGCACUACCAUCAGAAACAAGGUUCUCUCACCUCUCUCACCUUCAGAAAUGCAAGCUUCACAUACAUUCUGAAUUUUGCCUCAAUGACUCAGACCAAUCAGCAGACUAAUGUUAGUCGUGAAGUGUGUCGCCGCCCAAAGGCACACAUCAAAGUUAAAUCAGAGAAAUCUAAAACAUCCGAUUCCAAAGCUGGAAGUGACUCAACAAGUGAUUUGCCAUCCACAUGGGAGCCAAUGCAGUCUCAGGAAAGAGUACGCCUUGUAGAGCUUUCUCCGACAUCAUCUGAAUAUCAGGGAGUUUUAUCACUUCUGAAUGGGCAAAUCCAACAAGCCAGAAUACAGAAAAUCCAGCGAAUCCAAAACCCUUACCUUUGGCGAGCAUUCCAGAAUAAGAUACGAGAAAUGGCCUCAGUUUAUGGAGACUUGAAAAAAGUAAAUAUACGCCAUGUCUUCCAUGGAACAGGAUACAAUGUUGUAGCAAGUAUCUGUGCAGAGAAUUUUGACUGGCGGCUACAUGGUUCAAGUGCUGGACAGAUGCAUGGCCGCGGCACUUACUUCUCGCCUAAUGCUGCAACAUCUCUUGGAUACUGCAAGGCGGACCCAUCAGGCCUGAUAUACAUGUUUGUAGCGCAGGUAGCUGUGGGCUCCAUCACUGGCGGCAAUUCUUCCACAGUCCGCCCACCCAUAAACCCAGCUACAAAUGCGCCAUUCGAUUCGACCGGCGAUGGAACCAAUGUGAUUGUGAAGUAUGAUAAGCAGGAAUAUUUCCCGGAGCAUAUUCUGUCAAUUCGAUAGUGUGCUUCUUGUAUGCCGUUCAUGUCAGGCUCUUAUUACAAAUCCUUUGAAGAUUUAUGUGUCAUCUGGAGAUUACAAUGAAACUAAACUAUUGGAAGGCAUUGCAGACUUUGUGAACUAUAUAAGUUUCACCAAAAAUAUGUCUUCAGAAAUCCUUGCCAAUAUUUUCCUGAACUUUGUUAUAUCUUACUCCAUUUUACUUUUAAAAAUCUGUUGCUUGACCAAGUGUAUGUAUGUAUUAGCAACAUGCCAUUAAAACAAGGAAUAAAUUACUAACCACUA